UUCCGGUCUCGUCAAUCGCGCCCUCGCCAAACCCAGGCAGGGAGUCCUGCCUCACUGGUGGUUUUGCACGCCCCGAGAGCGACAUCCCCACGGAUAUUCACCGCCCACAAUGACGGAGAAGAAGUCCUUCGAGGCCACCGCGGCCACCGGCGCGGUGCGCCCGUUCGCCGAGAGCCAGCCGCCCGUCGAAGAUGCCACCGAGCUCAAGACGCACGACGUCUCGGUCGAGAAGGCCCCCACCGAGGUUGAGGAGGUCGAUGAGGAGGACCUGUACCGCCCGCUGGCCAUGGACCCCUCAAUUCCGCACGAGGAGAACCCGCUCACCUUCCGGGCCGUCUUCACCGGCUGUGUCUUGGGCUUGCUUGUUUGCGCCUCCAACCUCUACCUCGGUCUGAAGACGGGUUUCACAUUUAGCGCCAACAUGUUCGGCGCCAUCUUCGGUUACGGUGUUCUGAAGCUGCUCGAAAAGACGGGCGGCAAGCUCCCCAUCAUCGGCGGCAUGUUUGGUCCCCAGGAGAACUCGAUCGUUCAGGCCGCCGCCACCGGAGCCGGCGGCACUGGCGGCAUCUUCGUCGCUGCGAUUCCCGCCAUGUACCAGCUUGGUGUCAUGGACCCGGGUCAUUCCCCCAAGGAUGACAUCGGCAUCAUUUUCACCAUCACCCUCGUCACCUCCUUCAUUGGCCUCUUUUACGUCACGCCGCUACGCCGCUUCUUCAUUAUCCAGGUCGCGCGGGAGCUGAAGCUCAUGUUCCCGACCGCGACGGCCGUUGCCCUGACGAUCCGAUCCAUGCACGCCGGUGCCGCGGGCAGCAUUGACGCUCUCAAGAAGCUCAAGUGCCUCGCUGUCUGCUUCUUUGGUGCCCUUAUCCACCGCGUCUGUUCCUACUACGCGGUCGGCAUCCUUUACGACUGGCACGUCUUCACCUGGAUUCACAUCUGGAGCGGCUACAAGAGCUGGGCCAUGAAUAUCGAGUCCUGGGGCUGGUAUAUGGAGUGGACGCCCGCCUUCAUCGGCUCCGGCAUCCUGAUCGGCCUCAACCCCGCCAUCUCCAUGUUCAUCGGCUCUCUCACCGCCUGGGCCAUCAUCGGGCCCGCUCUGGUCCACUACGGCGAGUGCAUCGGUAUCGACCUGAGCGACGGCGAUCCCAAGUGGAACGGCUACUACACUUUCGCCAGCCUUAGCAACCUCGGCAAGCAGACGCCCUCCCCGCGUUACUGGCUCCUCUGGCCCGGCGUCAUGGUCAUGGUGUGCUGCUCCAUGGCCGAGCUGCUCGUUCAGUACAAGGCCAUCUGGGCAGGCGCCAAGUCGAUCUGGAACCAGACCUGUGCGGGCAUCAACAGCACGCUGGUUGCGCGCGGCAAGUCGAGCGCUUUCUUCGAGAAGCACGGCUCCGUCCAGGCCAAGAAUGAGGACAUUGUUGAGGAUCCCUUCCCGCCCAAGGAGCAGGUCAAGACGUGGAUGUGGGCCCUGGGCCUGCUCGUCGCCCUCGUCAUCGGCAUGAUCAUCUUCCACUUCCAGUGGGACACCCACCCGGGCCUGACCAUCCUUGCCAUCGUGCUCGCCUUCCUCUUCUCCUUCCUCGCCAUCCAGAUUGGUGCUGUGACGGACAAUACGCCGCUCACGGCCGCCUCCAAGGCGUCGCAGCUCAUCUUUGGCGGCGCCACCUCCAACAGCGGCUACACGAUCCAGCACGCCCAAAAGAUCAACCUCGUUGCUGGCGCUCUGGCCUCGGGCGGUGCCGACAUGGCCACCUCGCUGGUCAGCGACUUCCGUACCGGCUUCCUGAUCGGCACCUCCCCCAUCAAGCAGUGGAUCGCCCAGGCCAUUGGCGCCUUCUGCUCCGUCUGGCUCGGGCCGGGCCUCUUUGUGCUCUUCACGUCGGCCUACCCCUGCAUCUGGUCCCCUAACCAGGAGGACCGCGCCAAGUGCCCCUUCCUCGUCCCCUCCGUGUCGGCCUGGGCCGCCGUCGCGCAGGCCGUCACCGACCCCAACGUCGCCAUCCCACUCAAGAGCGGCAUCUUUGCCAUCGUCAUGGGCGUCGUCUCCAUCAUCCAGGUCGUGAUCCGCCACUUCUACCUGGUCGGCGACCGCGCCAAGUACCGCGCCUGGCUGCCCAACUGGGGUGCCAUCGCUCUGUCCUGGGUCGUCCCUGCCCCCGUGUUUGCCAACGCUGCACUGCUCGGUGCCAUCAUUGCCGCCCUCUGGAGGAAGUACAGCAUGAGGACCUGGGAUAUCUACGGCUAUGCCGUGGCUGCUGGUUUCAUUGCCGGCGAGGGUCUUGGCGGUGUCGUCGGUGCCAUCCUCACGCUUGCCAAUGUUGAUGGCAGCGUCAAGGGCACCAAUGUGGCCUGCCCGAUGAAUUCGUGCUAGUCAUGGGGCGGCGGUCUAGGCUGGUAUUGCCACCAGGGAGCAAGCCACGCCCCAUCUGGGGAGAGUUUUUUGUGUUCUUUUUUUAUUGGCCAUUUUUAGGCACGUUCAUGGAAGAUACCGCGAUACCAAUGAGAUAAGGCAUGAU